GAAACUCUGGUGGAAGUUGUUUGGAUUCUCACAGUUGAAGGAUUUUACAGUUUGUGUUUGAGGAUGGAGCCGAGCUGCCCAACGCCGUCGGCUUCUCGCCUCCCUCCAGCCCAAACCCGACCAAGAAGAGCAGCUCCAUCAACUGGUCCUUCCCAGACAAGAUCAAGUCCCCGCGCACCGUCAGGAAGAUCUCCAUGAGGAUGAAGAAGCUCCCGGAGCUGAGCCGCAAACUCAGCGUCAAGGGGACACCGAGCAGCAGCAACAACGGCAGCAGUCAGCUGGAGCCUCGAGCCCAUUCCCCCAGAAACAACUCAGAGGCUGUCUCCCAAACUUCAGGCCCUCCGCGGUUGGCGGCGUCUGGCGGUGGGCAGGCUAGCCGUAACGUGAUUUCGCGCUACCACCUGGACAGCAGUGUGUCCAUGCAGCACAGCUUCAGCAAGAAGAAAAGCAACGGCAGCUCGAAGUCCGCCAGUAAAGGUGGUUACCUCAGUGAUGGUGACUCACCGGAGCUGGUGGCCAAAUCUGGGAAGCACAGCACCUCGGAGGGGAAGGGAGGGAAAGGCAAGGAGGUGGAAGGAGGCGGAAGCUCGAAACUCAACGGCACCGAGCUGGACAUCGAUGCUUUCAGACAUUACAGCUUCACAGAGCAGCCCAAGUGCAGCCAAUACAUCUCUGGACUCAUGAGUCUGCACUUUUACGGUGCCGAGGACCUCAAACCUCCACGCAUCGACUCUCGAGACGUCUACUGCGCCAUCCAAGUGGACUCGGUCAACAAAGCCCGAACCGCUCUCCUCACGUGUCGCACUUCCUUCCUGGAUAUGGACCACACGUUCAACAUUGAGCUGGAGAACGCCCAGCACCUGAAGCUGGUGGUUUUCAGCUGGGAGCCCACGCCGAGACGAAACCGCGUCUGCUGCCACGGCACGGUGGUGCUGCCCGCGCUCUUCCGGGUGACGCGGUCCCACCAGCUGGCGGUGAAGCUGGAGCCACGGGGGCUGAUCUACGUCAAGCUGAGCCUGAUGGAGCAGUGGCAGAACUCGCUGGACGGACGGCUGGGUGGAGACAGGGAGCCCCAGGUGUUUGGAGUGGAGGUGUGGCGGGUGGUGGAGAGGGAGAACACGGGACUGAUGGUACCGCUGCUGAUAAACAAGUGCAUCAACGAGAUAGAGAAGAGAGGCUGCCAGGUGGUUGGUCUCUACCGCCUGUGUGGAUCCGCGGCGGUGAAGAAGGAGCUUCGUGAGGCGUUCGAGAGGGACAGCUACGCCAUGGAGCUGUGUGAAAACACGUAUCCUGACAUAAACGUCAUCACAGGUAAACUGAGCUGCUGCAACAGAGAAACAUGA